AUGGAGCAAACUUAUUCGGAUUCUACUGGCGUAAUUAUGGCGAUCACUUACAACCUCACUCCGACGCGCGCUGGAACCGCCGUUAUUGAAUCGCACUUUGGUAAUUAUCACUACAGAAAUCCGGUGAAUUUAGAAAUAGAUCCAACAAAGCCGAUAUCUUUGAUGUACUCUAAUGAUAAACUUGUUGUGACAUUCAGUACUCGCCUGAUAAAGCAAAGUUAG